AUGACCGUCACCGUCCGCCCCGUGACCGCCGCCGACGAGGCGCAGUGGCGCGCCCGCUGGGAGAAGUACAACAUCUUCUACAAGCGCACGGUGCCCGAGAACGUGACGGCCAACACCUGGCGGCGCUUCCUCGACGACAAGAUCCCGUCGUAUGCCGCCGUGGCUGUCGACGACGCCAAGCCCGAGGGCGACAACAUCAUCGGCUUUGUCACCUUCCUGCCGCACAUGUUCACCGGCAGCAUCGAGGACCAGGUCUACCUCGGCGACCUGUACGUCGACGACGAGGCGCGCAACGGCGGCGCGGGGCGCAAGCUCAUCGAGUAUGUGUACGACUGGGCCCGCCAGCACGACAUCUACAGCGUCUACUGGCACACGCAGCACUUCAACCACCGCGCGCAGCUGCUCUACACCAAGGUCGCGGACAAGACCGACUUUGUGCAGUACGGCAAGAGCAUCAAGGGGGAGAAGAAGUAG